UAUUAUUUUUAUUCUUUAUAUUUUUAUACUUUUAAGUCCACUGCAAGUACAUAAUUUUGUUUACUUUUUAAACUGUGUGUUUCGUGUGUGUGUGAGAGAGAGGGAGGGGGGGGGGAGAUUUCCCUACCCCUGGACAAAGUGAGAGGAAUGUGGAUUUAAACCUUGAUGGUAGCGAGAAAGGGCUUUAAUACUUUAUGUUAAAUAUGUAGCAGCAUGUUGUAUGAUACACAAGUGAAUUUAAUGAGAAGAGCUUUAUAUGGCAUCUAGUUUGUGAAAUGUACUGUAACAAUUACAGAACAGGGAUGAUGUUCCUGUGUAUGUCUCUACUGCUUCUCUUCAGCUUUAUGGAAUCUCAAGCAGAGCGAUUAGAGGUGGUUGGUCCAGAAGCUCCUCUUGUUGCCAUAGCUGGUGAAGAUCUGGUUCUUCCCUGUUUUAUAAAACCCAACACCAGCGCUGUGCACAUGAGAGUGGAGUGGUUCAGACUAGAUUUAGAAGACUCAUUAGUGCAUCUCUAUAAAGAUCAUGAAGACAGAGAUGAAAAGCAGGCAGAGUCCUACAGAGGAAGAACUUCACUAUUUAAACAGGAGCUACAGAAAGGCAACGCUUCACUCAAACUCUCAUCUCUCCGAGUCUCCGAUGAAGGAGAAUACAAGUGUCUUGUUGAGGAGGAAAACUCAUGGUAUGAUGACAUCACUGUUCAUGUCACUGUCGAAGCCUCAGAGCUUUGGAUAGUGAAGGAAUACGCAGAGAUCCAAACUGCCAAUGGAAGCAACAUCAGCACAAGAACUGUGCAUCAGGAGCUUCAUGAAAUAGGUUUCCAUGGCCAAGCAGCUGCACACAAGCCUAAGAUCACUAUGUGCAAUGCCAACUCCAUAUUAAUGCCCAUGGUUUUGGAAUGAGAUUUCCAACAAGCUCAUAUAGGUGUGACGGCCACGUGUCCACAUACUUUUGUCCAUAUAGUGUAUAUUAUAUUAUUCAUUUGACAUCAUGCAUGUGUUAAACACCACAUUUCUACUGUCUAUAAAAUGUAUUAUAGAAACAAAAUUAAAUAAAGUGAACUUGUUGGUUUUAUUCAACACACAACUCACACAAUGGAAAAUAAUAAGUGUAUUAAACAUUAUCCUACAGGUAUGUUUAAUCUCCAAUAUCACUCUGAUCAAAAGUAAUCACAAAGAUAACUGUGAGGUUGUUAGACUGUUUGUGCCUCUUUAACUCAGAGACAUAAUUUAACAUGGUGAUGCUUUACAAGAAGGUGCAGAUUGGGGGAGAAGGGCAGAAAUUACAGCUCCUUCCCAUGUUUGUUUAAAUGAAUGCUACUAAAUUAUGGGCAGCUCAGGUCCUGUAUCUAGAUUUGGACAACAGGAAGUAAACAGAACGGAGUGUUGUGGAGUGAAAUUAGAGUCAGCAAAACCUCAUCCUGAAUUUGUCAUGCUUGAAAAAAAUAACGUGUGUAAAUGUGAUGUUAUUGAAAAUUGUCAAUGUGAAUCUUAAUUUAAAAGCAUUGGUUCUGAAUUAAACUAUAUGAAAUUCAAGUAUUAAAAAUUGUAAUAAAAAAUUAUAGGGUAAUAAAAAUUAAUUUUAAAACAUUUCAAGGUAUCAAAAACAGCUUGUAUAACAGUGUAAAUUUGCUGUCCCCGCAGACAUUAAUGGGUGUGUGUUGAGUUAUUUUGAGGGGACAGCAAAUUUACACUGUUACACAAGCUGUACACUCACUACUUUACAUUGUAGCAAAGUGUCAUUUCUUCAGGGUUGUCACAUUAAAAGAUAUAAUCAAAUAUUUACAAAAAUGUGAGGGGUGUACUCACUUUUGUGAUGUACUGUGUGUGUGUGUGUGUGUGUGUGUGUGUGUGUGUGUGUGUGUGUGUGUGUGUGUGUGUGUGUAAUGAUGCUUGUAGUGUCUUUUUCAGUGUAUUAAAGUCUGCAUUCAUAGUAACACUGUUUUGAAUGCUAUUAAGAGAGACACACACACCCAUGCCCUUAAAAAGGUGUCCUCUUUUUGGAAAAUCAGAAUAUGGUCUCCCUAGCUUUUGUGCUGUAAUGUUACCUGCAUCAGGGACCGUGAUCUUUUUAUUCAUUUAUUCAUUUUCUUAAAACAAAUCCAAACAUUGAAUAUGUUAUAAGCUCUAAAAUAAU